AUGCGUCACAUCGGUAUAGAGAAACUGAGUGCGAUACAAAGUAAUGUAGCGCACAUCAGGAACAUAUGUAUACUGGCACAUGUAGACCAUGGGAAGACUACUCUGGCAGAUUCUCUAGUCGCGAGCAAUGGCAUUAUCUCGACCAAACUGGCUGGCAAGCUUCGUUACUUGGACAGCAGACCAGAUGAGCAGCUGCGUGGCAUUACGAUGAAGUCCAGUUCCAUAACGCUGUAUCAUAUAUACAAGGAGUUGGAGUAUGUGGUGAAUUUAAUCGACUGUCCAGGCCACGUAGACUUUUCAUCUGAGGUUUCCACAGCUGUAAGACUCUCUGAUGGUGCAUUCAUCGUGGUUGACGUAGUGGAAGGCGUAUGUUCCCAGACACGUAGUGUCCUGUCUGUAUCUUACAUGGAGGGCCUAAAGCCCAUCUUGAUACUCAACAAGAUCGACAGAUUGAUCACGGAGAUGAAGCUGUGCCCGUUGGACGCCUAUAUCCGUCUGAUGCAGAUUCUUGAGCAGGUGAAUGCAGUUAUGGGCGAGAUAUUCGCCAGCGACAUAAUGGAGCGUGAGGAGCGACAGGAGACGAUCCCAACCGCGAGCAAGACGAACAAGAGGAACCUGACUGACUGGCAGUCAGGGUUGGAGGAGAUCGACGAUUCCAGCCUGUACUUCUCUCCAGAACAGGGCAACGUUCUUUUCACCAGCGCGUACGACGGCUGGGGAUUCAGCAUAAAGGAGUUUGCCAAGAUCUACGCGAAGAAAUUGGGAUUCAGCGAGAAGGUCUUAUGUAAGACACUGUGGGGAGAUUUUUAUAUAAAUAACAAAACGAAAAGGAUCAUGAAGGGAGCCCAGGAGAAGGCGAAGAAACCGCUUUUCGUGCAACUCAUUUUAGACAAUAUCUGGGUGCUGUACGACACGCUGGUGAUACGAAAGGACAAGAGCAAAUUGUCGCACAUGGCGGAGAAGCUGGAUGUCAAGCUGACCACGCGGGACUUGAGGCACACGGAUCCGAAGGCGCAACUGCAGGCCAUCUGCUCGCAGUGGCUGCCUCUGGCGCGAGCCUGCAUCGACAUGGUGUGCGAGCAAGUGCCGGCGCCCCACAAUCUAAGCAGCGAGAAGAUUGAGCGACUGCUAAGCGGUAACAACGACUUUCGCACUCUUCCUCAUCUGACGCAGCAGCUCAAGUCGACGUUCUUGGCGUGCGACUCGUCGCCGAAAGCACCCACCAUUAUAUUCGUGUCGAAGAUGUUCCCCGUGGACAUGGACAUGUUGCCUGAGAACAAGCCAAAGCCCUUGACAGCAGAAGAGCUGGCGCACAGGAAGGAAAUUGCACGGCAGAAGCACGCGGAGAAAAUGCUGCAGGGCUUCGCGACGAAUGAGCUGGAGAGCGCACAGGAGACCACCACGAACAACAACGACGUGAAGCACGAAGAUCUCGCCGACGAGAAGCCGGACAAUGUACUGAUGGCUUUCGCCAGGGUAUAUUCGGGAACGAUCAAGGUCGGAGAUGAAGUCUUUGUCUUAGGACCGAAGCACAACCCUGCGGUCGCUCUGGAGCGCGAGAAAGCGGGCGAACAGGUGGAUCCAUCUCUGGUACUGAGGGACUUGAAACCCGGCAGUCACAUCACAAAGGUCACUAUAGACAGAUUAUACCUUCUCAUGGGGAGGGAGCUCCUUGCAGUGGAUCAAGUGCCGGCGGGCAAUGUCUUCGGGAUCGGCGGCUUAGAGGAGCACGUACUGAAGACUGCGACUCUUUCCACGACGAUCGCAUGUCCCUCGUUCACGGAAUUAACUUCCCUCGCUGUUCCCAUCCUGAGGGUGGCUCUGGAACCGAAACAGCCCAAGGACUUGCCGAAGCUCAUCAACGGCCUGAAACUGCUAAACCAGGCGGACGCCUGCGCCGUCGUUCACAUCCAGGAGACCGGCGAGGUAGUCCUGAGUACCGCCGGUGAGGUUCAUCUGGAGAAGUGUCUGGAGGAUCUCAACAUGCGAUACGCGAAAAUCGACGUUAACGUGUCGGAGCCGAUCGUGCCUCUCCGCGAGACCAUCGUGCCGCCACCGAAGCUCGACAUGGUGAACGAGGCGAUCGAGUGGAAGACUGAGGAGGUCAGCCUGGAGAGUUGGACGUCGAAUAGGCAGUGUUAUUUUGAGAUAGACGCGAGGCCGCUUCCGGACAACAUCACAAAGCUGCUGGAGAAAAACGCGGCUUUGAUCAAGUUGUCAGACAGCCACUGCAACAAGCACGCGAAGGAAAACGGCGUACACAAGGCUCUGCCCACCGAGAAUCAGUUCAACGAAGCGUCCAUGUCCGAUAAGCAGCAGAAGGAGAUGACGGUGUUCAAGAACGAAUUGGAGGCAGCCUUCUUCGAGGCGGGAUGGAAGGACGAAUUCGAUCAAAUCUGGUCGUUCGGCCCUCGCAAGUGCGGGCCUAACAUCCUGUUGAACGCGACCGAUUACAAGCAGAAGAAGUUUUGGGACCAACAAGUAGUGAAUACUGAUCUCCGAGCGAUAUACGACAAUAGCGUUAUCAAUGGAUUUCAACUCGCUACACUGGCUGGUCCUUUAUGUGAGGAGUCUAUGAUGGGUGUGUGCUUUAUUGUAAAGAAGUGGAAAAUUUGUAAUGAUUUUGGGGAUUACGGUGUUCAGAGCCGAGGACAAUUGAGCGGCCAAAUAAUGUCAACAUUUAAGGAAGCGUGUAGACGGAUCUUCAGUCUGCGACGUCCACGAUUGGUGACGCCGAUGUACAGCUGCAACGUUUUAGUCAACUCCGACGUGCUCGGUAAAUUGUACGCGGUGUUUGGCAAGAGGCAAGGCCGCGUCAUCUCCGCGGACAGUGCUCAUGGCUUCGGCGGGCAUUUCAGAGUGUUGGCCGUCUUACCUGUCCAGGAGAGUUUCCAUCUUGCGAGAGAACUGCGGACGCAAACGUCUGGAUUGGCCAGCCCGCAACUAGUUUUUAGUCAUUGGGAGAUAAUCGAGCAGGAUCCUUACUGGGUACCAUCUACGGAAGAGGAAUAUCUUCAUUUCGGUGAGAAGGCAGACUGCGCUAAUCGAGCGAAGAGUUACAUGGACGCGGUUCGUCGAAGGAAAGGCCUUCCCGUGGAUUCUCAACUGGUCACACAUGCCGAAAAGCAACGUACACUUUCCAAAAAUAAGUGAUGCGAAGUUCUUCCGCGCUCGAGCAUGCCUAUGAAAUUCUUUAUUUCCGACUACGAAAUAAAUACGAAAAUGGAUCAGAUUUUCACCUUCGCCAGCGUCGUUAUUAUAAUUAACGCUUGCGGACACCGGUUCUCAGGUGUUUAUUUCUAAUUGGCAAUAAAUUGCGUUUCGCCGUGCAAUGCAAGACUUGCGUUCACAUAUGUACAUAUUUUAUUUCAUCUCGCUUUCCGUUGAGCAAUGUUUGACUAAACACUUUCAUUGCUCACAAGUAAACCUACCCAAGUGUUACGCUCCGAUGAGCUUUUAACAUGCUGUAGUCUAGGUCUAUAAGAAUAAGAGACACAUUUUUUUAUACGUGCCGAUAAGAGGGUGAAACACUCUCUUGAAAAAAAUCGAUUUUAAUAUUUCUGAGCGAGUAUUAUCGGAACGGUAAAUAAUACAAAAAAAAGUUUCAAAUAAAAGUUUUAUGGAUUUUCAUGAGCUUUAUAACAAUAUACUUAGAUUUUAUAAAAUUAAGGAGGGAAAAGGGAUUUCGAACAAAAUGAUAUUUUCGAAAAAUCUGAAUGCAUUGUUAAAAUCCAUAAAACUUUUAUUUGAAACUUCUUUUUGUAUUAUUUACCGUUCCGAUAAUAUUCGCCAGAAAUAUUAAAACCGAUUUUAAAAUUUCAUGUAUAAAACAAUAUGUGUUUCUUAUUUAGACUUAAACUACAGCAUGUUAAAAGCUUGUCAAAAUCGGAGUGUAACAUUUGGGUAGGUUUACUUGUCAGUUACAUAUACACAUCGCAAUGUAAUAUAUAUUCGUAUAACGCAUCGUGUACGUAAAACAGGGUAGUUUUGAGCGUCGAUCGACUUGCGAACAAAACCAGUUCGCUAUGCGCGCGUUUGCGGUUUAUGAUUCGAUCCGAGAGCGUCUAAUCUAGAACGCUGCGCGCAAAUCGAAGGGAUUCGAAUUAGAUGCACGAGGAACGCGCGUCUUCAAUUACGUAUGCGAACCUUGACCAUUGCUCACACGUCCGUACGUUCGUAAGUCGCGCUGACGCCUGUAUAUAGGAACGGAGAUAUAACGACUGAAUGAUAUUUUAUUUCCGAUAAGAUUAAGAUCUAGGAAAUCGAAGAGAAAAUACACCAUAAUAUUAUUGCAACAGUCGUGUACAUACUAUGUACAAUAAAUAUACGCGUAAUACUUUGAGAUAAA